AUGGCUGACCACAAAAUCCUUGAGAAAGAAGAUUCUCCCUCUGCUACAUGUGGGAAAGAGGACGUCCAUCAAGGGUCCGGAAUCAGUGGUGUUUUAGAUUCGCCGCAAAUAGCUCUCAAGAUAAGCAAUGAGCUAUUGAUCGACCCAAAUCACCUCACCAUUGGGUCCAUGAUCAGUGAAGGGCUUUACUCUAUCGUACAUGAAGGAUGUUACAACUCUGAACCUGUAGCCGUCAAAGUAAUCAAGCCAGGAAAAUCAGCAGAUAUUGGCAUAAAGAUGUUUGAGAGAGAGGUUAUGAUCUUGUCCAGGUUGAAACAUGAGAAUGUUGUCAAGUUCAUUGGUGCCGCCGUGGAACCAUCUUUGCUCGUACUCACGGAGCUCGUGAAAGGUAGCAACCUUCAGAAACACCUCUGGAGCCUGCGUCCCAAUCGCCUUGAUUUGAAGCUUUCUUUGAGUUUGGCGUUGGACAUUUCUCGAGUAAUGGAAUAUCUGCAUGGGAAUGGCAUUAUCCAUCGUGACUUGAAGCCUGGUAACAUUCUACUAACAGAAGACAAAAGCAUGAUAAAGCUAGCUGAGUUUGGGUUAGCCAAUGAGGGGAACGAGGAUUGGGUAACGACUUCUGAGGUUGGUACAUACCGCUGGAUGGCCCCUGAGUUGUUCAAUAUCACAGAACAUAUAUCUGGAGGGACGAAGAAGCCUUUCACCCGCAAGGUAGAUGUGUACAGCUUCUCAAUCAUUUUGUGGGAGCUGCUGACAAACAACACCCCUUUCAAGGGUCGGAAUAAUGUUAUGGUGGCCUACGCCGUUGCUUCGAACCAGAGGCCUAGUUUGGAUAACAUUCCGCCGGAAAUUGUACCGCUCUUGAAAAAUUGCUGGGCACCAGAUCCGAACGACCGACCGGAGUUUGAGCAGAUUACGGAGUUCCUCUCGGCCCUCAUCGCCAACACGGCUUCGGUGGAGAAGGCUCCUUCGGUACCAUAAAAUAGCGUUGGGGAAACGCUAGAAAUAAAUUGAAAUGUACUACAGCUAUAUAUCUG